AUGCUGUGGAGGGCAUUUUUAGUCCUAUUCAGUGCAAACUUUGUCAGUUCACAGUUUUGUCCCGACGGUAGUAUUCCAGGCACACGUAAGUUUACAGUACAAUUAAAAAAAUUUUUUUGAUUUUUUGAUUUUGUUCAUUUUCACACUUGUCAACCACUUGCACUGCUUUAAAAACUUCAUAUUACUUUCAGCAUGUCCCCUUGGAUCAUGUCUGCUGUCAACCAACCCAAAAUGUGUAAAAGUACUUGGUGUUUCGGUUUGUUGUAAGUUUUAACACAAUUAUUUCCACAACAAAGUAAAAAGUCGGUAACUCAGUGCAAACUUCUUUAUGCCGGGCACAAGCUAACACAAAUCUACUAUUCGUCUAGCAAUAAUUUUAUAUAAUACCAAACCUAUAAAUAGUUUUAUUACGAUUUUAUUUUUUAAGGUCCAUCAAGUAAUACAACUACGUCAACUACUUCAACCACACCUACUACACCUAUUACUCCCACUACUUCAACUACACCUACGACACCAACGACACCAACAACUCCUACUACCCCAACUACUUUAACCACCCCAACCACUCCUACUACAACACCGACGACUCCUACUACACCUACUAAGCCGACUACGCUUACUACUCCUACUACAACACCGACGACUCCUACAACACCUACUACCCCAACCACUCUUUCCACACCAACAACGCCUACUACAACACUGACCACUCCUACAACACCUACUACGCCUAUAACUCCAACAACUUCCACUACCAAUACUACUCCUACUAUAACACCGACGACUCCUACAACGCCUACCACUCCAACAACACCCACAACUUCUACAACCUCGACGUCACCUACUACUCCCACAACGCCUACUACCCCUACUACUCCGACUACACUACCUACAACCCCAACGACUCCAACUACACCUACAACUACAACGACGCCGACAACACCCACUACCCCUACAACUCCCACAACGUCAACCACAUUUACUACACCAACGACACCAACUACGUUACCAACAACUCCAACCACCCGUACCACUCUAACAACGCCCACUACCCCUACGACGCCAACUACUCCCACAACUUCCACCACACCUACCACACCAACAACACCUACUACUCCUACUACCCCUACCACACCUACCACAUCAACGACACCUACCACACCUACUACGCCAACAACACCCACUACACCUACGACUCCUACCACUCCAACCACUUCUACUACCCCGACUACCCCAACUACUCCAACUACUCCAACAACCCCGACAACCCCAACUACGCCCACUACACCUACAACGCCUACUACUCCUACAACACCCACAACGCCUACUACCCCUACCACUCCCACAACACCUACCACUCCUACGACACCCACUACUCCAACUACCCCGACUACUCCUACUACGCCUACGACACCAACUACUCCUACAACACCCACCACACCCAUGACUCCUACAACUCCAACCACCCCUACGACACCUACAACGCCUACUACCCCAACCACGCCCACUACGCCUACCACUCCCACUACACCCACAACUCCUACCACUCCAACCACCCCCACUACACCCACUACGCCUACGACACCUACGACGCCCACGACCCCUACUACCCCGACAACGCCAACCACUCCCACGACACCCACAACUCCUACCACUCCAACCACACCUACCACGCCUACCACGCCUACCACUCCAACAACCCCUACCACUCCAACGACACCCACUACUCCGACAACGCCUACCACCCCCACGACUCCAACGACGCCUACCACUCCCACUACUCCAACUACUCCGACCACACCUACUACGCCUACCACUCCUACAACUUCUCCCGGUUGUGCUGGCACAGCUCCAGACCGGUCGUCAGAUUGUAA